AUUCCAAACCGAAACUCUUUAAAAGUUCUGGCAUUUUAGUAGUUCAGGAGGUUUGACUGCAUUCCAUCAAGAUCUAAGUGCACUUCUGCCUGGAUUUUUUUCCCUCAUUUUAUUUUGCUGGAUGAAGAUCUCCAAUAAGUAAGAAUGAAGAUGCUGACCACUUUCCAAGCGGAUUUUGCGAUCGUCCUCACCAGAUGAUGCGCUUCUUGGACGUGUAUUAUUCUUCAGGGGUGCUGAAUCUCCUCAGAAAUUAUCAAACUUUCUCACAGGACAAGCCUCUUUCAUCUCUGGACUAGUUCUUCAGCAUCUUUUGUCCUUCGAAAGGCAUCUGACAAUGACGAUUCCACUUUCCAGAACACAGCUUGCCCUCUUCUUUAUCCUGCUUUGUCCAGUCAACAUUAUCGGGCUCUGGUGGGCAGUGGGGAGUCCCUUGGUCAUGGACCCAAACAGCAUCUGCAGGAAGACCAAACGUCUUGCGGGCAAGCAGGCCGAACUGUGCCAGACCCAGCCGGAGAUCGUCAACGAAGUCGCCAAGGGCGCCAAGCUGGGCGUGCGCGAAUGCCAAUACCAGUUCCGCUUUCGGCGCUGGAACUGUACCAGCCAGAACAAGUACUUUGGCAAAAUUCUGCAGCAAG